AUCAAGGUUCCAGUGUCCAGGUGAACUCUCUGCUGUUCAUCAAAGUCUGCAGAGACCAGAUAGGUCAGAGGAACAGACAGUUCAAGGAGGUGUAUGGGGGGUCCUUAUCUCUCCAUAGCAGGGGAACAGCAAGACAUGUCGAUCAAUCAGUUGUUGUGUUGUCUGCAGCUUUUAAUAAACCAUAAAUUAAGGCACAAAAAGAGCAACAGCUGCUGCGGUGUGGAGUGUCUUUGUCCCUUCAGCUCUAGAGUCAAACAUUUUCAAGCAAACUCCCAAAACUGCUCUAAACUCUCCCUCCUCCUCCUCCUCCUCCUCCAUCACCGCGGAGCUCUUCUCCAGCACGGAGAUGCUCUGCAGUCGUCGUGACAAAUGAGGUUCGAGCUCCAUCACCUCCUGGAGGAAGCCUUUGGUGGUUGGUCAGGGCGCGUCUAAUGACGCCAGAGGCGGAGGCAGCGCGAGGAGAUGCCGGCUGAGCGCGCGCAGACAUCUUUACGCACAGGUUGGCUUUACGCACGGAUUUGGAGACUCCCCGCUCAGUCCUGCACGAGCUCAUCCGGGAGCCCAGAGAAGAACCCGUUUCAGAGGAGGGCCCCGGAGGCCCCGGAGACCGCCUCGCCACGCGCCCGGCGCUCCGGGAUCCUUGAACGCACAGAAACUAAUUAUUAUUAAGCGCCAUCCCUCCUUCAAUUUCUUCAGCCAAUCACCGAUCGAAGGGGCAGCUGAGCUGCGCGGGGUUUUUAUGCCCCCCUCCAUCAUAAUUAGCCUGACAUGCGCAAUCUGCACGCGAGCGUCAACAGCCACCGAGCGCUUAUUUCACCGAGCCCGCGCGCCUGCAGGCCCAGUCACAGCUCGUAGAUGCACCGGCGGAGGGAGCAGCGAGUCCCGCGCACGGAUCAUCAUCAUGUCCCGCCGCAAGCAGGCCAACCCGCAGCCGCUCCGGUCAGACGAGGACCCGCUGGGAAGCGGCGUCCGCCACGCGCACGGCGCGGCGGACAACCCUGAUCAUGAAACGCACUUUUGCCCCAGAGGCUGCUCUCACUUCUCCACUUGGACCGAUCUGAGCCAGCACCAGAACUUCUGCGAAGACCAUCCCCACAUCUUCAAGGACAGGGCAGCUCCUGAGGAACCCCCACUGGGGCCCUCGCCAGCUCCCAGCGCGGCGUCCAGUGACUCUUCUGCGGUGGAGUCCACCGGGGGGACGAUGGUGAAUGAAAACGACAGUCUGGAUAAUUCAGAGGCGGGAAGAGAGUGGGAAGAAGGGAUGGAGCUUGAUCCCUGCCCACAGGACAGCUACACCGCAUCGUCUAGCCCCCAGCCCCCGGAAUCAGCCCCCUCCCCACAGAGUUCUGGUAGCUACAGCAUGCCCGGUACCAACGUGACGCUGGAGAUCCUCCACAGCACCCGAGUGGCCGUGGCUCAGUUUUCCCAGGGGGGUCUGGGGGGGAAAGCGGCGUCGGCCCCCCUCCCGCUGAUCCUGCAGCAGCUGUUGGCCCUGCAGCAGCAGCAGGUGCAGCAGCUGCAGCUCAUCCAGCACAUCUGCAGCCAGGUCGCCGUCAUGAACCGGCAGCCAACGCAGGCGGCCUUGAACCCCGCAUCCAGGCCUCUGCCCACGCCGCCGAGCCCCUUCCCUUCUCUGGCCAUCAUUCCUCCCUCCAUCCUGCCUCUGUCCGGAACCAUGCCGUCCUCCAUCAACGGCCAGGCCGCCGUGUCUCUGUCGCAGCCCCUCCCUCCACAGACUCUGUGUGGACAGUCCUCGUUUCCAGAAAGCUGCACCUCUGAGAGUUCGGCCCCCUCUUUGCUGCCUCAGCCCGCCUCCCCUAGCAGCAGCAGCACCCAGACGCCAACCUCCUGCAGCCCCCCGUCCCUGACCCAGAGCGGACUCCCCAGCUCAUCUUCCAGCCUGCCGUUUCUACCUCAGAGUCCCCCGAGCGCCAAUUUCCCCAACCCCUUGUCCAGCAUCGCGGCCACCGCCAGCGCCCUGGACCCUCUGGCCUCCCUGAUGAAGCUCAGGAAAGGGAAGCUGCUGCUGGACGCAAAGCCCCCCCCAGAAGAGCCCUUCUUCAAGCAUAAAUGCCGGUUCUGUGCCAAAGUGUUUGGCAGCGACAGCGCCCUGCAGAUCCACCUGCGCUCCCACACGGGCGAGCGGCCCUUCAAAUGCAACAUCUGCGGCAACCGCUUCUCCACGAAGGGCAACCUGAAGGUGCACUUUCAGAGGCACAAGGACAAGUACCCCCAUGUGCAGAUGAACCCUUUCCCCGUCCCUGAGUAUUUAGACAAUGUGCCAACCAGUUCUGGGAUUCCCUACGGCAUGUCCGUUCCCCCAGAAAAGCCCGCCUCUUCGUGGCUGGACAGCAAGCCGGUUGCUGCUCCUCUUCCUGCCAGUGUGGGUCUUCCUCUGUCCUCCACCUCUGCCAGCACUGGGGGCUCUAGUGACCUUGUAAGUGCAACCCCACCUGUUAAAUCUCCUUACCAGGCAGCACCUGGUGAAUGUGUGACUGUGUGUCCUAACCGUAGAGGCACUGAGGCUCCUUUCUCUCCCGUUUCAGAGUCUCACCGUGAGACAGGGGCCUCCCAAACACUGAAAGCAGAGGGGGUACACCUGCCCCACACCUGCAGCUCCACAGCAGGAGCCAGCCCCUUCACAGAGACACCCCGCACUGUCACCACCCCAGAGCCCGUCCCCUCCGCUUCCUCUGCCUCCUGCUCCCCUCCCGCGACCUUCCCGGCCGCCGAGCCGCCGGACUGCAUGCAGACGUCGGAGACCUCAAAGCUGCAGCAGCUGGUGGAGAACAUUGACAAGAAGAUCGCAGAGCCCAACCAGUGCACGCUGUGCCAGCGCGUGCUCAGCUGCCAGAGCGCGCUCCGGAUGCACUACCGCACCCACACCGGCGAGAGGCCCUUCAGGUGCCGAGUGUGCGGCCGGGCCUUCACCACCAGGGGGAACCUGAAGACCCACGUCGGCGUUCACAGGGACAGCCCGCCGGCGCAGGUGCAGCACUCGUGCCCCAUCUGCCAGCAGAAGUUCACCAACGCCGUGGUUCUUCAGCAGCACAUCCGCGUGCACGUGGUGGGACACGUUCCUGACCCCACCGCGGGGGACGGGCUGAGCGGCAGCAAGCUGACAGAUGACGACUUAAUGGAGGAUGAAAAGGACAGCGUGAAGCUCAUGGGGGGGCUCAAAGACAGCAGCUUGCUGAGCACCUCAGAAGGAAAGGUGGAGAACAGCAGCCCACACCUACCUGACCCCCCACCCCCAGGGUCAGCCUCUUCCUUUCAGAGCGGCUCACAGGGCUUCAUGGUGGCGCAGGAUGAGCCGGACCCCCAGCAGCUCUCUGUGAAGAGAGAGCGGUCCAAGUCUCCAGCGUCUUCCUCAGCAUCUGCUCAGGGUCCCAGAGGAGAGCCCGGCGUGAGGGAGGGGGCGCCAUACUGUGUUGCCUUCCAGCUGAGCCAGGACAGAGGUCAUAGCCCCCCUGGCUUCACCUCCCGCUCCCUAACAGCUGAGCUGAACGGCAUGAUGGCAAGGCAACCACCUCCCUUCAGCAUCCACAUCACCGCUGCCUACCCGGCACCUGGCGGCCCACACGCGACCUCCGCGCUCGCCCCCGUGCCCCCACGCCGAUCGGGGAAGCAGCACAACUGCAACGUGUGUGGGAAGAACUUCUCCUCGGCCAGUGCCCUGCAGAUCCACGAGCGCACGCACACCGGGGAGAAACCGUUCGUCUGCUCCGUCUGCGGGAGAGCCUUCACCACCAAAGGCAACCUGAAGGUUCACAUGGGAACCCACAUGUGGAACAACGCUCCAGCCAGGAGAGGCCGGCGACUGUCAGUGGAAAACCCUAUGGCUCUGCUGGGAGGAGAUCCUCUGAAGUUCAGAGAGAUGUUCCAGAAGGAUCUGGCAGCUCAAGCUGUGAGCAUGGAGCCGGGUCUCUGGAGCCGCUACGCGGCAGCCAUCACCAACAGCCUGGCGGUGAAGAGCAACGAGAUCUCAGUGAUCCAGACGCCGCUGCUCCCUCUGACCGCGUCCGUCCCCGGCCUCACCAGGACUACCACGGACCUGGGAGGCAGCAGACAUUUUUCCUUGUUGGUUGAUGACACCAAACAGAUCGGAAUCAACUGACGGAUGCUAACAUUCUAAUUUUUUUAUGCAAACGACCGGGACAGACGAACAUUUGUGAACAAUCUCUGUUGUUCAUCAUCAAUGAGCUGUAGCCUAUUUGUCGUGUUGUUUUUGUAUCCACUCAACAAGUUGAAGCCCACCCCCUUUGAACUGUGCUCAGCCGCUCAAAAGCAAUCAGGCAUCGAGCGCACGUUCUCCCGCUGAUGCACAGCCUGUCCCACUGUGACCCUCUCACCUGUUCGGACUGCAGGGGGACCCAAUAAAGAGCAGAACCCAA